UAGAUAUUGAAAUUAAAUCGGACAAAAUUUUCGAAUCGUCAUCCAUUGCCGCAAAAUCGAACCAGUUCAUCGAUCGAAUCCGCCAUGAGUCUGGCACUUCUCCAAGGCUAUUCUUCGGCCGAGGAAGAAGCUGAAGACACCUCUGUCUUCAACAACACCUCCUCCGACGAUGACGACCAAGGUGUUGUCGCCGCCGCCGCCUCUACGGUUACCGUCAAUCUUUCCAUACGCGACAGGUCGCUUUUCGAACUUCCGCAGCCCUCCUCUCAUCCCGGCCUCCCUUCCGCAUUCGACGCCUUCUCCGAAGUUUCAGGACCGCCGGAGUUUCUGAAUAAUUCGGUUGAGGAGUUUGCUGCGCCGAGAGAUGUUGAUCAGCCGCGAGGGGGCCGGAGGAAUCGUAGGGAGAAGAAAGAUUUGCCUACUGGUGCGGUAUUGGAGGCAAAAGCUCAAUUAGUUGGGAUUCAUGAGCGAGUGAGGAGUGAUGUUGAGAAUAAUCAACCUUCAAAUCCAUCCAUUUCAAACACAACGCAGGCAGGCAAGCGCGUGGCGACUGCAACCAAUCCAAAUGCUGAAGAUGCUGCAGAACUGCUAAGAAUGUGCCUGCAUUGUGGCAUUCCCAAGACCUUUUCGAAUGCACGAGGGAUGUUUUGCCCUCUAUGUGGUGACCGUCCUCCAGAACCAGAACUAGAACCAGACAGUGAGACGAAAAAGAAGGGCUCGACGGUCAAAGAUAAGGAAAAGAUAAAGAGAAUGAGGGGACAGUAAUCUCAUGCUACUUGGAAGAGUGAAACCGAGAUGCAGCUGAGACAACAGUUUGAUUAGAGUAUGUUAUAUAUGUCUUUGAGCUCUUGGAGAUUUGUGAUAGAUUUAGUCUAAGCAUGAUUGUUCAUACCAAUCUGUGAUAUUACCAUGUCUGGUUUAUUUAGUUAGCAUUAGUGGUACCCAGAAGUUUGUUUUGACAAACCAAAAUGUUUCCCUCCUAGUUAGUUCAUUCUUGCUUUUGGCAACUCUCUCUCUCUCUCUCACACACACACAAUUUCCACUCUAUAGUGUAGCUCGACCUUCCAAAAUGGCAUUGAAUUCACAGAAUUUUCCCCAUCAUGUAACUCGACCUUUUGGGACGAUGUUCAUUGCCCCAAAUUUGGCUUAAGCAUGUUAUCAUUGGGUUGUUGUGUCUUGUUGAAUAUCCAUCCAGGUGCAAGGGGUUUCUAACCCCAACUCUUUGGAUUCAUCUUGGAGUUGUUGUAGGAAGGGUUUUCUAUCAAGAUUGUAUGAGUGGAGGAAUUGUUGGAGAUUGUUUUAAUUCGGUGUAAAUGUAUUUUGAAUUUGUAUUAUUUGGUUAUUAAGAGACAGGCAAAUUGUUUAAACCA